UGCGCACUGGCUCGGGCGCGACCAUCGAGCUUACACGGGUGAAAACAGGCGACCAGCGCGGAUCCCACUUCGCGAGCCAUUAUAACAAUUACCAGCCCCGACCCCUGCAUCCGCCGCAGCUGAACGUCCCGACGAACCUCUCGUCGCCCUCUUCUCAGGCGUCGGAAACCAUUGCGACGCCUCCCACAGAACAUCGACAGACCCCGGGGUCGUCAAGCAUGAACGCCAACGGCAAGCGACCAGUCUCACCCACUCGUACGCAGUCCGGCGAUGUGCGGAAGAAGUCUCGCAAAGACGAUGACGGCGACGAAGCUCAAAGUCCGGGCGCGGAGAAGGGUGAUGACGCCCCUAAACAGAAGUCGACGCGUGGAUCACGAGCCUGCAUGGUAUGCCGCCGGCUCAAGAUGAAGUGUGUCGGCGCGGAAAAUGGCCCACCGUGCAAGCGUUGUCAGGCGGGCAACCAUGAAUGCGUGUUUGAGGAGUCAAAUCGUGGGAAGCGUUCGACGAAAAAACAUGAGAUCCUCACGCGCUCGUUGCGUAAGAUGGAGCGCACUCUUGAUACCAUAUUCCGCUCGCUCGGUGCACCGCCCUCUGAUGGUCCCUCGCGUUCGCCCUCGCCCUCGGGGCAGCCACCACCCUCGGGCGAGACGCAUCCACUCCUGGCUUCGCCUCCACAGUCGCCUAGACCUGAAAGCGUCCCUGUGCACCAAAGUCAAAGACGAUCAUCAGACCAGCCGCCUCCCUCACCGAAGCUUCCCUCGCUCCCAGAUGAUAACCUGAACCCUCUUGGCUUGUUGGCGGAAGCCAGUCUAGCGAACCGACGCGCGCAGGCUGGGGCGAAGAGCGACCUGGCGAGUACAGCGAUGCUUGCACAGAGGCAGGAACCCAACAGGAUGGGCGUGGCGAGCGAUCUGUAUUUCAAACCUGGGCCAAUGAGCAUACUGCCGUUGAGGCGGCUGUACAUCGAGCGGCAGAUACAACCGGAGAUGUUGACCUUUGUCAGUACUGACGAGGUCAUUGCUCUGUUCAAAAUAUAUUUUGAUUCCAUGAACGUUCACUGUGCAUUGCUCGACCCUGACUACCACACCCCAGCGCUGGUGUGUUCACGGUCGCCCUUUCUGCUCACCACCAUUUGUGCCGUCGCCGCCAGGUUCUACGAUGCCCGCCCAGAGCUUUAUCCUCGGCUGACUGAGCUGGCGAAGAAGCUCGCGUUCAACGUGCCGGCGCGGGGAUACAAGUCCGUGGAGAUUGUCCAAGCGUACCUGCUCAAUACCCUGUGGGGCUGUGGGCCUGUUGAGCGAUAUGAGCAGGACCGGACGUGGAUGUUGCUUGGCAUGGGUAUCAGACUGGCGAUCGAUCUCAACAUGCAUCGGCCGACAAAUCUACCCAGCGACCUCGCGGACGAAACUCGUGCACGUGAACGAGAGAUACAUAACCGACAACGGACCUGGAUAGUUUGUUUCAUCCUCGAUCGCAGCUUCAGCGCGCAGAUGGGAAAGCCUCACACAAUCAAGGAAGAUUUCAUCAUACGCAAUGCCUUGGAGUGGUCGCAGUCACCGCUAGCCAUGGCUUCAGACGCGCACACGGCAGCAAUGGUGGAUCUCCAACGGAUACUCACUCGAAGCCUGGACCUCCUCUAUUCUGGGACCAGUUCAUCAUCCGGCCUGCAAGACGACUGCGACUACCUCUUAGUCAUUAAAACGAUGGAGACGCAGCUUCUUGCGUGGCAACACGAGUGGCUACGCAUUCGGAAAAUCGACCAGGGGGAGAAGACCGAGUGGUCGCGGAAGUACUCGCAGCUGUCCUGCAAAUUUUACUUCCACUACGCGAUGCUCACGAUGAACUCCUUCGGGCUGCAAAACGCCCUGCAGCGCUCCGUGGUGGACAUUGGGCAUUUCUUUGCCCGGUGCCACUCCAGUGCGGUCGAGUGUGCGAAGGUCAUCUGCGACGAGUUCGAGAGUCUUGGAUACUUGAAGUAUGCGCCGGAUUGUCUGUUCGUUCAGGGGUCGUAUGCUGUGCUCAGCUUGUUGAAGCUCUUGCGUCCCGAGUUCAAGUCUUUCUUCGACCACGAGCAGAAGAUCAUCACUUUAAUCAAAGGCGUUGCUGACGCCUUCGAGAGGGUCUCCGUCGCAACUCUGCAUACUCCCGCUCUCUACAGCGUGUUCCUCCGUGCUCUGAUCUCAGCUCGCACCGGUGCUGAAGCCCUCCCAAGCACAACCGCAAACGGUGCGUCCACAUCGCAACUUGCGGAGGCACACGAGGACAAUAUGUCGACGGCGACCGACGAGUCUGCGUCUCGAGACGUGGACAUGCCGCAGCAGGAAGGACACGGGGCGCCGCCGCCUGCUCCAGACCCAUUCUCUGGGUUCUUUAGCAACGGAGAGAUGGGCCCCGUAGCCGACAUGUCGACAUUCCCGCCAACGAUGGCACCGAACCCGUCGUUGCCAGACAUGAGCAUGAUGUCGAUGGACAGCAUCUUGAGCGCGGACUUCUGGGAUAGUAUGCUCGUUCCAGGUUCCUCCAAUGGGAUGGAAGGCCUGAGCAAUGGCUUCGUGUACGGAGCAGGCGGGAGCGGGCUCAUCACGCCUCGCAUGUGGAACUCGCCAUUGCCCUCCGCUGAUGGCAGUCGCGACUACUUGCCGGACAAAACAGACAACGGGUACAGCGUUCCCCAGGCUCGACUACAUCAAUCUGACACGCAAGGCAGAUCACUCCCAUGACACGGAUCUACUGCCUCCGAGUUCCUGCGCAUCACGUUCCUGCCAUCGUUGCCUUCCUCCCUGCCGCUCGCACCUAAGUAUUCGCGUGGACCAUGUGUCACGUCGGCUUCGUGCUGGCUUACUAUUGUCUUGUCUUGUCUUUUAUCUUCUCGUGUAAUAAUCAUUGGGUAGUGUGGAAGUGACUUUCUACUGUACGACUAGUUUUGAGUCCGACGCAUAGAAAUACAAGCCAAUAAUACCGAUUGUAG